AUGCCACCCACUGACCGCACUUCGACCUGCCAAUCGCAAACUCACCAUAUCAAUAUAGCUCAGCAGUCACCAACAUCACCGCCACCUUCUCCAGCUUCAUUGCCUCCAUCCACUCCUCCGACCAAGCAAUCCCCUCCUUCGUGGUGGUCAAGACUCGGCGUCGAUCAUUGGGAAUGGGAAUUGUCCGCUGCAGUUCUAUGUGUUGGCGCCCUCGCUGCUAUUGUGGCAGUUUUGAUCAAUUAUGACCAAAAACCUGUCCCUGAACUGCCUGUUGGCUUGACGAUGAACGCCAUCAUCGCUUUCCUAUCUACAAUAGCAAAGGGAGCUCUUACUCUGAUAUUGGCGGCUAUCCUUCGUCAGGAAAAAUGGCUGUGGUUUAUCGAUCGUCCCCGACCCCUAAGCACUAUUGAUUCUUUUGAAGAAGCAAGUCGAGGUCCAUAUGGUUCUUUGAUGCUCCUCUUCAAGCUACAUGGGAGCUUGCGACCGUUCCUAGCUGCCACAAUUCUCGUCCUGGCUCUCGGUUUCGAGCCUUUCUUGCAGCAACUCGUUGCGUUUUCCACGCGUGACGUCCUAAUCGACGGUGCAAUCGCCUCGAUUCAGACCCCGACUACAUACAAUGAAUCUGUUGUGGGAGAUUUGGGGGGAGCCAGCUUGUCUCUCAAUGCUCAAAUUGGUGCCUUUGGUGGUGCUAAUGGCACCAACAUAGCUCCCGAGUGCACUGGAGGAAACUGCACAUGGCCAGAGUAUAAUACUUUGGCACUGUGUACCAUCUGCAAAGAUGUAACCUCGGAGGUUAUGGUCGACAACGCGCGUUGGGAUAUGAGUUCACUUUUCCUCGAAUUCGAGCAGGCAAAUCAAUCCUCUUCCUAUCAGGAAUGGCAUCAAACUUAUUCCUUCCCCAGAGGCAACAACCUCACGGUCGACUUCGGCCUCAGAAUGGAUAAAAGCUCAGAUUCACAAUCCACAAAUACCCAGUGGGGGCUAAAUUACCCUAGGCGGCGAGUCUGGCCCCUUAACAUCGGGCCAGAGCUCGAUAGCUCUUGGAUUGAUACCUGGGAUAAUGACACAUAUGCCGACCAUCCUGCUCCCUUUUUUGCAAUGGGCUAUCUCGAUCUCAACGUCACCGAAGAUAACUCAGCUCUCCGCAUUCAGCGUGCCACAGAGUGUAUAUUUAAUCCCUGUGUGCGCACAGUAUCUACGCAAGUCAUCAAUGGCAUCGUGGAGUCAAAGGUCAUAAACACUGACUAUGGUGCCGUUUUCUUUGCGGAACAGAAUCCGGACGGUAUCAGUCUCGCUGGUGGUUGGAGAGCUACGGUGAAUGGCACCGAUUUCGAGAUCGUUGAUACUGGUGGUGUCGCGUUCGGCAUGGGUUACGCUAACGUGCAAGGGCACGCAUAUCUUCUCAUCCAAGCCUUGCGCAUCGCGCUCGAGGGAAACACUACGUACAGCCUUCUGGGUACCCACUAUCCCAGUGGAGAAUCCGAAUCAACCUCCUACGAAGGGACUGGGUAUUCACAAAAUCGAGGCCCCUGGAGUUCCGCCGGUCAACAAGCCAUCGACGGCGCGGACAAUUUCGCCCAGGUUGUCGAAGGCGUCGGCCAUGCACUCACAGGCCGCUUCCAACAACUCGCCACAAUCUCCGUGUCAGGAAGCGCCACGCGUAACUACGUCGUCAUGGAAGUUCGCUGGAUCUGGCUCAUCUACCCGCUGGCACUCCUCGUUCUCAGCAUCGCAAGUCUGACAGCCACCAUCUUGGCAACACACGUCCGCCACAUGGCGGUAUGGAAGGAAUCAACUAUCCCACUCCUCUAUCGCUAUGCAGGCGACGGUCUCAAUUUCCUCGCCGGAUCAACGCAAGCACUAGGCCACCCUUCCAAAUCGCUAUCCAAUAAAGUCAGCCAAAUUGUCGACGAGGCAAAUAAGGAGCUAGUGCGCCUGCGCCGCCACCAAGCCAUCUGGACAUUGGACUCGGAAACACCUCCAGAGAGGGCUGAGCAAAAGGAAAACGCGGUGGUGAAUAAUGACUUCCGCAAGCGAAGGUCUAACCCUCCGUCUCAGCCAGCAAGUUCGAGUAUACCGAUGGCUAGUCUGCCACCCAGACGACAGCCACAGCCACAGCAACAUGACCCUCAAACACAACCUGCCGUCAACACAGCGACAUAA